AUGAGUCUAGUACGCCGGUACAUGGUAAUGAACCCAUUAAUGACUGUCGGUAAUUUCCGUGUGAUUCCGUAUUCUCCAUAUGCAAUUUCGGCGUUCUCCGGCUGUUUCCGUCAGCGGUCGGAAAAUGCCGAAAAGAGUAUUAGGAGAAUACGUGAUGGUGUUUUGUUUGUGCACACAAUAGAGAAAGAAAAAACUUUUACAAGACAUCGAAGGAAAUCGACAAAUAUGUUUUGGAAACUUCUCUUUAUUUCGGUGCUAGGAAUGUCAAGUGCUGUCAAACAGAGACGCUUUAUUUACAACACCCAGCAAAAUCCGUUUCCUAAUUCACCAUUUGGAGGAGGAGGAAGUGCAGGAAUGAUUUCACCGCUAGGUGGCAGCGGUGGGAUGACAGGCGCCGGAAGUGGCACCGGUUAUACACCAUGUAUUCCUUCACAACAAACGUGUACGUUACAGUGUGUAAAUGGAUACGUUAAAGGUCCAGCCGGAUGUGAUUUCUGUUUGUGCAGCAACCGCGCACUACCAUCAGUUACAACAAUAGGACCAGUGCUUAUUGAUCCAGUUGAUGCCAAAGGAACUACCACGAUGUCACAGGUACCCUAUGUCACAUCACAGGGACCGUCGGCGAAGUCCCAAACCACUUCAGUUGAUUGUAUGGCUGCGAAACAGGCCUGUGCCUCAUCUUGCGGUGACAAAGGAUAUCUUGUUGACCCAAGCGAUUGCACAUUUUGUCUUUGUAAAAGUUCAGUGAUGAUUUGAUGUAGCCUUCCUUUGAC